AUGGCUGGCUACGGCUUACUCGGCGGUGUGGCCGUGGUGCUGGCCAUCAUCACCUUUGGCAUCCCCUGGAUCGUGAAGGAGUACUUCCCAUGGAGGAGCCUGUGGGCGCAGCGCCACGGCCGUCCCACCGUGACCACCCAGUCGUACAAGGGCCGCACCGCCCUCAUCACCGGCGCUAACGGCGCGUUCGGCUCCCGCGCGGCCAAGCUCUUUGCCCACCGCGAGAUCGACACCCUCGUCCUCGUCGACGUCAUGGACUGCGGCCGCGUCAAGAAGGAGAUCGAGGAGGAGUUGACCGACGCCGGCAAGCCCGUGCCCAGGAUCCUCGUCUGGAAGAUCGACAUGAUGACCUUUGAGGGUUGCCAGCAGGUCGGUCAGAAGGCGCGCGAGCUCAAGUACCUCGACCACGUUCUCUUGACCGCCGGUAUCCUCGCCUUCAACCGCCGGGAGUCCCCGAGGGCUGGGAAACUUUGUACAUCUCUCCAAGUCAACUUCCUCUCCACCGCCCUCAUCUCCCUUCUUCUCCUCCCCCGCCUCAAGGCCUCCCCGGAAACCCCAACCCCCGUGAUGACCUUCGUUACCACCUUUGGCAUCUACCCUUCCUCCUUCACCAUGGGCAUGCCCAAGACGGGCUCCUACCUCAAGCGCCUCAGCAACAACAAGGAAGGCAUGGAACAGGCCCACCAGUACGGCCGCUCCAAGGCCCUCCUCCUCUACUUUGCCCGCGAGCUCGCCGCCCGCACCACCGCCACCCUCGCCGCCGGCAAGGGCAUCCGCAAGGUCACCAUCAACAGCGCCGACCCCGGCUCCGCCUGA